UACACGCCUCCUCGAAAGGACGCCGAGAUGCUUUUUGGUUGUUAGGCUGGACCUUCAAAACAACGACAGUGCAGUUAUGUCUUCGGCCAAAGAAGACACGUUAUCCCCAGACGAGCUGAGGAAAAGACUCUAUCAAACGUUUAAAAGUAAAGGACUCCUUGAUACACUGAAAACACAGCUGCGGAAUCAGCUCAUCCAGGAGUUAAAACACCCACAUUUGACUGGAGGAGAACCAGUCCCACGAACAAUUCCUGGGAGAUCUGAACCCCUUUUGGUGUCAGCAUGCAACAGCAUAGUGUAUGAUCACCUCUGCUCCUCAGGAUAUGAGUACACCCUCUCUGUAUUCUGCCCUGAAAGCGGCCUAUAUAAAGACAAGGUUUUAACAACCGGAGACCUUCUUCAGCUUCUUAAAAUCAGUCCUGAAUCAGCACUUUACAGAUCUCUGUCUUCAAACAAAGAAAACAAGGACAAAGGGUUCCUGAUCAGCCUUCUAGCACAGCUUACACACCAUUAUACACACAGCACUGGUCACGAUGCUGACACUCAGACCACCAGCAAAGCAAGUUAUGGAGACUCUCUGGUUGAGAAGAUGAAAAUGAUUGAUAAGGAGUACGAGAGCUUAAAUUACAGUGGGGAGAAAUGGUUUACACUGGAAUCAAAACUGUCUACCCAUAGAAAAGAAAUUGAAGCACAGCUGCAAGCAGAAAUGAAGACAAAAUGGUUCUUUCUAAGAGAGUCGUCUACAGAGCUGCACUCACAGCACAGAGGCCCCACAUUGGCAGUGUUCAACUCUCCCUGUCUGCUCUUCCUUUUCUUUCCCUUUCUUGUUUGUGUCCAUGCGAUGACGGCAGCUCUUGAAAAUGAAGUGCUGCGUAACCCCAAGCCCUCUCUUGUUGAUCGCUCAGUUCUGGAUCUCAGCGCUGACACGCUGGUUCCCCCUGACAUCUACAUGGACCGAGCUCUGCUGAGGGCCAGGGUGGGUUAUGAUGAUGUCUGUGAAGCAGGUGGGCCCUUCAGAGGACACAAGUCGCCCUGGAGUGACGCUCCAGACUCCGACAUGGAGCUGGUGGCUGAGGCCAAGGCUCGGAUCCAGGAGCUGCAGAAGGAGGCCGAUACCUUGGAGGAAGCUUACAGGAACUACCAGCAGAGGGCGGUGCGCUCCACCAUAUCACACAUGCUUCCCCCAAGACCUCUUUCCCCUCAACGAGCACAUCCUUCACAUCGUCCUGACAGUCCUCUAAGAAAACAAGUCUCCCACACACACUCUGCCCACAAAUCACACAGACCAGAGUCUUCACAAACUACCAGAACCCCCUCCUCGGCCCCCUAUGAAACCAGAAACACCGUACCAGCCGCACAGCCACGAGUCACCUUCACAGCAGAAAAAAACCCACCCCAGUCCCCAGUUUUCACUGAGCACAGUCUCCAUUCGUUGACUGAAUCUCAGUUUCUAAGAGAUGGUCAGCCGCAGAAUGGAAGCAGCUCUCCAUCCAGACGUCUGUCCUCCACACCGUACUCUUCCUCCAGGAAACCGCUUCAGAGAGAGAUUGCAGAAGAAAGAGUCGUGUCUCCGCUGCCGUUCCCGGAUUUGUCUUUUGACAGACAGUUCCCUCGCCCCCCGCGCGACGAGGUGGCGACCUCAGGUGACUUUCCCUCUGAGCUCAGUCCACCUCGCAGCCCCCAGCUCAGGAGCACAGCACGAGACCAGGCCAGCCCACCAAAUCUGCAGCCCGUGUUCUCCAGCUCGGAUUCUUCCCCACAGCCCGAGAGAUUGAGCCUAGAAGAUCUCACAGGGAUUUUGUCAGAGCCCGGCCACAUUCCAGAGCUUCUCCUGGACACUGCCGUCCCUCUCUCUGAGGAGGCCCCUGACAGCCCCGCUGGCCCCCGCCCACAGGACCUCCCAGAACACCCGAUAGACAUGCAGGGCCAGGCGGAAGUCCUGCAGGUCUCAGGUCAGUCUGCUAUGGAAGAAGAUGAAGAGGACGAGGAGCAGAGGUGGGAAAGAGAGCGAAAAGAAAGACUAGAACAAAGGCAAAGGCAUCAAGAGGAGGCCAGAGAGCGGGAGCUGCAAGAACUGGAAAGACUGGAGAAACAGACACUUUUGCAGGAGCUGGAGCAACAAGGACAGGAAGAAGAAGAAGAAGAAGAAGAAACUGGGGCUACAAAAGGAGAUGAAGAGCUGAAGCAAGAGGCAACCAAUGACAGGGAGGAGUCUAAAGGUGAAAAUCCCUUGGAGAAAUACAUGAAGAUGGUUCUGGAAGCCAGAGGGAAUCAGCAGGCCCAGAGCCCGGGAAGAGAAGAAGAAGCCGGACAUACGAGCCCAGGGGCCAAGAGUUUGUCUGAAGGGAAAGAUGACAGCGUUGCAGCAUAUUCACACAAGGAUGAAGAGGAUGAUUUCUGGUGAGCUGGUGCCAUCAUAAACUGAUGAAUUAUACAAACGUAAUGUUUUGUUUUUAAGAUGUUGCCUUUCUAUGUAUAUACUUGUAUAUUUGAUGUUAUAUUCACUCCAUGUUUUAAUAAAUCACAUUUCAUCACACUUUUUAUUUCUUUUUCA